GACCAGGCCUGCUGGACAGCGGCGCUGUCUCAGGGGGUGGUGUCCUUACGCUGCAAGGCGAGGGACCUGAGUGGCCCUCGACGGUGGCCAAGGGCUCGUGCUCCAUGCCGGCCCUGCUGUGAGCCUUCCCUGCAGAAGUCACGGGGUGAUCCGGGCGCCUCGAAAAGAAUCCCCGAUUGCCGCCCCAAAGAACCCAGGCUUCGGAGAAUUGCCUGGUCCAAACCCGCUUUGUUCCCAUGUGACUGCCGGCUGGUUAGUUCUCCCUCGCUUUCCACGGUGGGAACGUCCCUCCAGUUUCCCUCCCUAAAGAGCCACCUUCCUUAAUCCUGGUUCGGUUGCCUGUAACUGGGGCCGCUGUAGUUGCUCGAGGCAGAAAGGAAUCGAACGCAGGAAAUGAGGUGACCCCAGAGCCACGGGAAGGCUGGCGCGGCAGGCUGGGGACAGACCCCCACGGAGGACGCUUCGCACCGCACCGUGGUGCCGGCCGUCCCUGCCGUGACCAGGAGGCUGCUGAGUGGCUGCUGCCCCACGGUUUCAAUUUCGAGCCGGAUACUUCCCAUCCGCCUCUCCAGAUGCCUCGCCAGCGUUUUCCGCGCUGGCCUCCCGGACUGCGUCCGUGCGCUGCCUUGCCUCUGGCUUCUGUUUAGACUUGGCCGGUGGGAGGCCCCGGCAGGAGGGAGCGUGGGGGAGAGUGAGCGAGGUCGGGGGGUUUGUACUCCAGGGCCGCCCCUCUGCAGGGCCACCAGGGUCGGAGGGCCCCUCUACCACACCCCUGGCUGGUGGAUCUUUCUCUCUGGGCUCUGGUGUCCACUCUGGCCUCUGCCCCGUCGGGCCCUGAGUUCGUGAUAACUCGCUCAUGUCGCUAGUCUUGGGCUGCGGCACUGUCUCUUCUGUGUUCCCUUAACCCGGCCCCGGUAGGCGCUUUGUCCGACACGCUUCAGUUUCCCUGCGUGGAUGGGCCAUCUCUGCCGGGACGUGGCCGUGCACCUGGCCCGGGAAGCAGGGGACGCAGGGCCACGCCGUGCCCGCCACACCUGCCCCAGCAAAGCGUGCAGCUGCCCGUCCCCACCAUGCUGCAAACUGCCUCUGCCUCUUAGGCUGGUACCUCUGUGAGCGGCGACAAUAGUACCUGCCUCGGAGGCUGGUCCCAGUAAACUUAAAGGCCUUAAGGGGCGCCUGGGUGGCUCAGUCCACUGAGCGUCGGACUUCAGCUCAGGUCGUGAUCUCACGGCUCGUGAGUUCGCCAGCUCCCCAUGGCGGGGAGGUGGGGGUCCCUGGCCUCAGUGGCUGGCUUGGCUGGGGCUGCCACUUGGAGAUGGGGAGACCACGAGGGACUGCUGGGGUUGCGAGGCGGGGAGGGGAGAGGGAGAGAAGGAAGAAACGGCAGCAUCGCGUCUCCUGGGAGGCAUCUGAGGGCCCGGAGGUGUGGCUGGGUGGUUGGCGCUCGGGGGGCAGAGCUUUCCGUCGGGGCCGUGGAGGCACCAGGCCCUGAGGCCCAGCGAGGAGGAAGCUCCCUGCAGACGCAGCCCAGCAGGCCCUGCGGAAGCCACAGGCCCGGAGGAAGAGAAAAGAAGAGGUACCUGCCACCCACCUCGCGGGGGGACCCCAAAUUUGAAGCGCUGCAGGAGGUGCUGAUGGAGUGGAUCAAUGCCAAGCUCCUCCCGGAGCACAUCGUGGUCCGCAGCCUGGAGGAGGACAUAUUCGAUGGGCUCAUCUUGCACCACCUUUUCCAGAUGCUGACCGGGCUCCGGCUGGACGUGGAGGAGAUGGCUCUCACGGCCCCCAACCAGAGGCGCAAGCUGGAGGCCGUCCUGGAGGCAGUCAACCGCAGCCUUCAGGCAGAAGAUCAGCCGCUCAAGUGGAGCGUGGACGCCAUCUUCAACAAGGACCUGCUGGCCACCUUGCAUCUCCUCGUGGCCCUGGCCAAGCGCUUCCAGCCCGACCUACCCCUCCCGACCAAUGUCCAGGUGGAGGUGGUCACCAUGGAGAGCACCAAAAGUGGUCUGAAGUCGGAGAAGUCGAUGGAACAGCUCACUGAAUGCAGCACAGACAAGGACCCAGCUACCAAGGACGUCUUUGAUGAAUUAUUUAAACUGGCUCCGGAGAAAGUGAACGCUGUGAAAGAGGCCAUUGUGAACUUUGUCAACCAGAAGCUGGAUCGCCUGGGCCUGUCUGUGCAGAAUCUGGACACCCAGUUUGCAGAUGGGGUCCUCUUACUCUUGCUGAUUGGACAACUAGAAGGCUUCUUCCUGCACUUGAAGGAGUUCCACCUCACUCCAACCUCUCCUGCGGAAAUGCUGCACAAUGUCACCCUGGCCCUGGAGCUGCUCAAGGACGAAGGCCUGCUCAGCUACCCCAUCAACCCCGAAGACAUCGUGAACAAGGACACCAAGAGCACGUUGCGUGUCCUCUACAGCCUGUUUCGCAAGCACAAACUGAAAGAAAACGCAGACAGCACGCCCCGUGGAUCCCCGAAUUAACUGUCACUGCCCCCCCAAAGCUGCUUCUCUGAGCCUGCUUGCAGGACCCAAGGGAGGGCCCGAGGGCCACAGAGGGACCUCCCCCACCAUACAGCCCGCUGCCCUCUGUUUCCCUGUGUGUCUGUGGCACGCCUGCCCCUUCCCGCCAUCCCUGAUCUGUGUUUCCAUCCGAAUACCUUUGAAUUCACUAGGCCUGGAUCUGUUUUGAACCAA